UUUUCCCACAAUUUUCCCCCUGACUUUUCCCCGCUUUCCCCUGUCCCUAAUCCCGGGAUUUUCCCGUUUUUCCCAGAAAAAGGACCCGGCCCAGUUCCUGCAGGUGCACGGCCGGGCCUGCAAGGUUCACCUGGACUCCGCCGUGGCCCUGGCGGCCGAGAGCCCCGUCAACAUGAUGCCCUGGCAGGGAGACACCAACAACAUGAUCGACAGGUUCGACGUCCGUGCUCACCUGGAUUUCAUCCCCAUGUACACCCCGGCCCUGCUCAGCCCCACCUCACCGGAGCAGGAGUCGGACGAGCGCAAAUGCAACUACGAGCGGUAUCGGGGCCUGGUGCAGAACGACUUCGCUGGCAUCUCGGAGGAGCAGUGCCUGUACCAGAUCUACAUCGACGAGCUCUACGGGGGCCUGCAGAAACCCAACGAGGAUGAGAAGAAAAAGUGAGGGGGAAAAAAAAGUCAGAAUUCCUGGGAAUUCCAGCUGGGAAAUCACCGGGAAUGCACCCCCACACUCUCGGGAAUGAUCCUAAUUCUGGGAUAACGCCCCCAAUCCCAGUUUUUCCCCUCACUCCUUUGCUGGAAUCUCCCCCAAAAUCGUCCUGGGAAGGGCUCCUGGUUUUGUCUGGGGGGUUCUGGCUUGGGAUUCCCAUUUUCCCUCAGAAUUCCUGCUUGUAUUUCCCAUUUUCCCUCAGAAUUCCCCCUCAGAAUUCCCAUUUUCCCUCAUAAUUCCCCCUCAGAAUUCUCAUUUCCCCUCACAAUUCCCAUUUUCCCUCACAAUUUCCUCUCAGAAUUCCCAUUUUGCCUCACAAUUCCCCCUCACAAUUCCCCUUUUCCCUCAUGAUUCCCAUUUCCCCUCAGAAUUCCCAU